CUUUAGGCCGCAUUAAUUGACCAUUAAUCUGAGAGCAAUUGUCUCUGGGAAAUCACAAAUCAAGCUCAGAGAUGAAAGGGGCUUCUCUGUUAGCUCCCAUUGCCAAGAGGUUGGAGGGCAAGGUGGCUCUGAUAACUGGUGGAGCCAGCGGCAUCGGAGAGAGCACCGCGAGGUUGUUCGCAAGGCACGGUGCGAAAGUGGUGAUCGCCGAUGUCCAGGAUCAGCUCGGUCUGUCUGUAUGCAAGGAUAUUAGAUCGGACCAGAACCAGACAGUUUCCUACAUCCACUGCAACGUUAGCAGCGAGACGGAUGUUAAGAACGCGGUGGACAGUGCAGUGAAGAAUUACGGUAAGCUCGAUGUGAUGUUCAGCAAUGCAGGGAUCCCGGGCGGUUACGAUCCUAGAAUCUCGGCAAUCGAUUAUGAGCUAUUUAAGAAAGUUUUUGACGUCAAUGUGUAUGGCGCAUUCAUGGCGGCCAAACAUGCUGCUAGGGUCAUGAUUCCAGCAAAUAGCGGAAGUAUUCUGUUCACAGCGAGCGUUGCUUCUGUAACCCAUGGUUUUUUUACUCACAUGUACUCGGCGUCGAAACAUGCUGUUGUCGGAUUGGCCAAGAAUCUCGGGGCUGAGUUAGGGCAACAUGGGAUCAGAGUCAAUUGCAUAUCUCCUUUCGGCGUGGCCACGCCAAUAGUGAGGAAAGGAUUUGACGGCGUUGAUGUGGAAAAGGCCGAGGAAAUAAUCUCCGCCGCAGCAAACCUGAAAGGGGCGGUGCUGAAGGCCGAAGACAUAGCCGAAGCGGCUCUCUACCUCGCUAGCGACGAGUCCAAGUACGUGAGCGGGAUGAACUUGGUGGUGGACGGGGGCUACAGCACCACUAACGUUUCUCUUGAAAUGACUUUGAAGAAAUAUUUUCCAUGAGAAUUAAGUACUCAUAUAUUGUAUUGUAAGAUCUACGAGAUUGUUUUAGGGUUGUUUGGAUUCCGGAGUCAUGCUAAAAUUUCUUGUUUAGGGGAUGUUGAUAUGACAUAUUCGAGAGGGGACGAAUGAUAAUCAAUGUUAUAUCUUAUCACCUGUCA